AUGGGCAACCGUAACAGUUUGACCAAGCUCUUGGGAGGGAUCGCCCUUUUCUUCUCGGUUUUUGCAACUGCUGUUCCCACUCCAAUCGCAGAUGUUGCCCUUGCGGACGACGACUAUCACUGGGUUCCAACAUGGACGUCUAUGCCCCAGGAGGUUGAGCCGGACAACCUACCGCCAUCACCAUUCGUACGGGGUUCGAUAUUCAAGAACGCCACCCUACGCCAGACCCUGCACAUGUCUAUCGGCGCAGACAGACUCCGCGUGCAGAUCUCCAACACCUUUGGCGGGAGCGAUCUACCCAUCACGGCCGCGUCCCUUGCCCUGCCCACGGGAACAAAGAUUGGCGUCAACGGCAUUGACACGGCGACCUUGAUGGGACUCACGUUCGCGGGUGCGAGCUCGGUCACCAUCCCGCGCGGCAAAGUCAUCUACUCGGACCCCAUCGACUUCAAGAUCCAGCCGCAGUCGAUGCUUACGGUGACGCUGUACAGCCAGGGCGGACAGUCCGGAAACAAGAUCACCGGACACCCCGGGAGUCGCACCACUUCUUGGAUGCAGCAAGGCAACAGGGUCAACGACUCGGCCGUAACGGGAUCCAACACCAAGCAUUGGUACUUCGUGAGCGGAGUCGAAGCCUGGGCGCCCCAGAACACGUCUGCUCUCAUCAUCCUAGGAGACAGCAUCACCGACGGCCGCGGCAGCGACGACGACAAGAACAACCGCUGGACGGACCUCCUCCUCGUGAAGAUGCAGGCCGCCGGAAUCACCAACGUGGCGGUGGCCAACCAGGCGGCCGGCGGCAACGCAGUCCUGUCGGGCGGGCUCGGCCCCUUCCUGCUGUCGCGGUACAGGCGCGACGCGAUUGGCCAGCCGGGCGUCAAGUACGUCAUGAUCUUCGAGGGCGUCAACGACAUCGGCGGCAGCGGCGGCGGCAACGUGGCGACGCAGCUCAUCAGCGCAUUCAAGCAGAUCGUGGCAGACGCUAGGGAGGCCGGGUGCGUGACCGUCGGCGCCACCAUCACGCCGUUUGGUGGGAAUGGCUACGCUAGCGGGUCGCAUGAGCAGGCGAGGCAGACGGUUAACCGGUGGAUCAUGGCGCCUGGGAACUUUGACUAUGCUGUCGACUUUGCCUCUAUCAUUGGCCAGGGUGAUAGGCUGAAGGCGAACUUUGAUAGCGGUGAUCACCUGCACCCCAAUGUUGCCGGGUACCAGGAGAUUGCUAACAAGUUUCCGCUGGACAUCUUCAAGGAGGCAGCAGUGUGA